AGUAAUUUUCAGGCAGUAUGUGAGAGUACAGAAAGAAUGUGCCUGCCGAGGCUUUGGAUACUGAUGUGAUUUAAAUUGAUUCCGGAUUCAAAGAGUAACUCCUGAUUUUGUAAAUCUUUUUUAAAUAAUUCAGUACAAGAACUGGCUCAGUAAUUUUUGUCGUAAAUUGAACUACACUGGCUACGCUGUUUUUUUAUUCUUUUUGGUGAAAAAAGAAAAGAAAAUGACAAGAAAAUGCGUCUUUUUAUUGAGUCACAUUUUCUUGUCAUUAUUUUGUGGAACACGUCCUUUUUAAUUUAUGCUCCAAACUAGAUUAAAAAUACUGUGUGUGUUUGUAGACUCAACAGCAGCAGCAACAGUAUAUGGCGAUUUAAUGAUUAAAACUGUAACCAAGUGAAAUGUAAUAACAUAUUUCCCUCACAUCCUGAAUGCAUUUGAGUGUACAUAUCUUGAUUAUUUAAAAAAAAAAUGCAAAUAAUUUAAAAUGCAUUUUUUAAGGUAAAUAUUUUUUAAAUUAUUGUUUCAAAAUUGUAAUUAAGGUUUUGGAGAGUCACACUAUAUAACAUUUUCCAACCUGAACUUUUUAAUUAAAAUAUCAAAUUUUGUGAUAGGGUCUGCAGGGGUCCUCUCUAUGAUUUCAUUGCUUUUGAUUAAAGGGUUAGUUCACCUAAAAAAUGAAAAUUCUGUCAUUAAUUACUCACCCUCAUGUCGUUCCACACCCAUAAGACCUUCGUUCAUCUUCAGAACACAAAUUAAGAUAUUUUUGAUAAAAUCCGAUGGCUCAGUGAGGCCUCCAUUGAUAGCAAGUUAAUUUACACUUUCAAACGCCCAGAAAGGUACUAAAGUUAUAUUUAAAACAGUUCAUGUGACUACAGUGGUUCAACCUCAGUGUUAUGAAGCGACGAGAAUACUUUUUGUGCACCAAAAAAACUAAAUAACGACUUUAUUCAACAAUAUCUAGUGAUGGGCGAUUUCAAAACACUGCUUCAUGAAGCUUCGAAGCUUUACAAAUCUUUUGUUUCGAAUCAGUGGUUUGGAGCAAGAAAAAGUCACAUGAUUUCAGUAAACGAGGCUUCGUUACAUCAUAAGUGUUUCGAAAUUUCAGUGGUUCAUGUGGCUUUGCUGGUGUGCAUCUUGAGAACAAUGGCACUGACAUAUUUUAAGAUAGCAAGUUGCUUUCAGUUAAAACAGCUCAAACAUUCAUUUUAGUCUGGGACUAGGCUUAAGCUUUGUCUUUGAAACCGGGGGUUAAUGUUUUAAGUGUAUUAUGGCAAGCAGGGCUAGGCCGAGAGACGCAGGAAUGGAGGGAGUCCUGGUGGUGCGGUGGGACCCAGAUUCUUAUUUAUCCUCUGUGGGACUUAAGACCGGUGUGGUGCACACUUGCUCUACCAGCCUCACUCCGUUCCCAUGGCUCUCGGCCCCGCCCUGCUUGCCACAUAUAUUUUUUUGUAAUAAUCUUGUAUCUGUAAUUUUUGGCUGAAUGGUGAUAUACAAUAGGCUAUAUCUCAGCAUUUUCUACUUUUUUUAAAUUUAUUUUUUUAUUUGGAUAAAAAAAGUUUUCUGUAUUUUAAAAAAUGUAAUUUCACAUCCUGCCCAAUGUUGUCCUACAAACAGUGUUCAUGAAAACAAAUAUACUGAAUGUAACCAUUUAGGCUGUGCUAUAUAUUAUGUGCAAAAAAGGGUUAAAAUCCCAUUACAUUCUAACAUUGUAAUAACAACAUUACAAUCUUAAAACAAAAAUAAUGCUUUUUAAAGAAGAAGUUAAAAUCGAAGACAAUAAAUUCGAGAAAAUUCGAGAAGAAAAUAAAUAAAACUCCCCUCAUCCCAUAGCUAGGGAGCCCAGAAACCCCAAUGGCGCCCCUGGCAAAAUGGAAAUAUUUGUGGUAUUGCCUCAUCCUACAGUAUAUCAUUUAUAAAAAUAUAUCGAUAUAUCAUAAAAACUUGAUAUAUCACCCAUCCCUAUGUCACAGUAUAGGCAUAAAUCACUGCAGUUACACCCAGUGAGUGACAGAAGGAUUGAGUGGCAUUUUAUUGAUUUAAGAUUGGGUUGCUGUAAUUCACAGAAACAACUGGAAUCAGGCAGCUGCAAUUUUGUGUCAUGCAUGUUGAAUUUUGGGGUAAAAUACCCUAGGUUAGAGCUGCACGAUUCUGGAUAAAAUGAGAAUCACGAUUUUUUGGUUUCAAAUAGAGAUCACGAUUCUCCCAGGAUUCUGAAUAUACAACCAAACAAAAUAACGUAAUUUACUAGAGGUUCUGACAAAAUAUAAAUUGCUGACUCUAAUUGCUGGAAAAUGUUUCAAUGAAUUAUUUAAAAAAUGGUUUUGAAUGAAUUCAAUGACUCAUUAAUAAAUACUUGUUUCAUUGCUGGAAUGAAUCAGUGUUUUUGAACGAAUCUUUUGAAUGAACGAUUCAAUGACAAAUACACUUUUAACAGUCAGUUGUCGCCACCUAGUGGAAUUAGAUGUAAUUGAUACAACCGUUAUUUGACGUGCCAAGUUAGUUUCAGAAGGUAGUUUGCUCUAUUUUGAUCGCUAUCGUCGACAUCGGUGUUCAAAUACUAACUUAAAACUUUAUCACAGAAGUACUGAGAUAUAUGUGAAUAUUUGUAACACAGAAAUAACUCAUGUGUGAUUCAAAACGGCUCUCUCUGGCUCUGGCAGCACAAACACAGAUUUGAACGUUCGGUAUGAUUUUGUCAAAGGUUUAAUAGACGCGGGAGAAUAUUUUAUUCUGUGUCACUGUGAAGUUUUUGUCAGCAUUUAUUAAAAAUAUCCAUUAUGAUGUCCCUUGUGUUCUACAAAGAGAGAUAGAUAGUGUUAGUCAGCCAAGACAAUAUCAAUUUUCCUUACAAGUGGGUACACCAGAUAGAUAGAUAGACAGACAGAAGUACUUAAAUAGAUUCAGUUUACACAGCUGAACUCUAUCAUCUGCCUGAUGUUAACAGCUGAUAUUUAUCCAGAUAACUAAAAGAUUAUACAAAAUAUAUUAAAACAACCUGAAUAUCCAUUGGUGUCUUCGUCACUUUAAUUUUGCCAACAUAUCCCAUCUUGAAGUACAACCAUGUAUCAAGUCAAGUCAAAUUUAUUUGUAUGAUGAUAUAUAAUAAUAUAAGCGAUCCUCUAGAUUUAGAUCUUGCUAUAUUACACAGACACACACACAAUGUUAAAAUUUUAAUUCAUGAUGUAAAAACAUAAACAUAUUCAAGUCAUUGUGUGUAUGAAUUGCAUUUUUUUUUUUUUUUUAGACCAAAAAAAAAAAAAAGUCUUGAUAUUGACCCAAAUGCUUCCAACACAUGUUACUUGUUGAUGUAAAAUCAUCUUGUGGUCCCCUGCAAGUAUCUACCAGAUUUGAUGGCAUUAACUUGACCUUUUUUAUGAAUCUUAGGGGGCUUUCACACUGGGCACGUUUGCCAUGGUCCGAAUCCCGGUGCGUUUGUUCCAGGCACCCCCCGCAGCAUUGGUCUCAUUUCACACACAUUUGAUUCUAUCGACCCCGGUGCUCUGCAGCAGAUUUCAACCCGAGUCAAAGCAGCAUUACGUCAUGACAGGAGGAAGAUUGUGAGGGCUUAGGGUUCCAUUUGGAACAGGGCCUUUCUUUCACACCCACAUGAAUUGUGCCACAGUUCCAGUGCAACCAAACUCAGACCACCUCCUACAGAUCUGAUGGGAAUCAAAGAGGAAAGUCAAGAACCAAAUGAAGUGGAGGAGAAACAUCAACAUCAGAAACCACAUCAUUUCACAACUGGAGAAAAUGGGCGGAGCCUCUUAAAAACUGAAGAUAAUUUCUCAGAAACAAAAACAGAAGCCAACAAAAAAUCUUUCGCAUGCCCUCAGUGUGGAAAGAGUUUCCCCACUAAAGGGAACCUUAAUGUGCACGUUAAAAUUCACACUGGAGAAAAGCCUUUCACCUGCCAUCAAUGUGGGAAGAAUUUUGCCACUAAAGGAAAUCUUAAUGUGCACAUUAGAGAUCACACUGGAGAAAAGCGUUUCAGUUGCCUUCAGUGUGGAAAGAGUUUCCAGUUCAAAGGAAGACUCGAUACGCACAUAAGAAUUCACACUGGAGAGAAGCCGUUCACCUGCUCUCAAUGUGGAAGGAGUUUCCAUUGUAAAACAUACUUUAAUAGGCACAUGAAAAUCCACAAUGAGGACCCUUCCACCUGUGCUCAGUGUGGAAGGAGUUUCACAAUGAAGGAAGGCUUGAAACGCCACAUGAGAAUUCACACUGGAGAGGAAUCUUUCACCUGCUUUCGGUGUGGGAAGAGUUUUAUACAAAAGAGAAACCUUAAAUCGCACAUGAAGAUUCACGCUGGAGAGCGAUCCUCACCAUGUGUUCGGAAAGGAAAGAGUUGUACAGGCAACCUUAAGCGUGACACAAAUGUAAAUACUGAAAAGAAUUCUUUCACAUGCUUUCAGUGUGGGAAUAGUUUUACAGAUAAAGAAAUCUUUAAUGCACACAUGAGAAUUCACACUGGAGAAGAGCCUUUCGGAUGCCUCGAUUGUGGGAAGAGUUUCCCAUGUGUAGAAUAUCUUAACAGGCACAUUAAAAUUCACACAGGAGAAAAGCCUUUCACUUGCUCUCAGUGUGGAAGUUGUUUCGAAGAGGAAAGAAGCCUUAAGAAUCACAUGAGAACUCACAUUGAAGAGAAGCCUUUCACCUGCGCUCCAUGUGGGAAGAGUUUUACACGUAAAGAAGCCUUUAAUGUGCAUGUGAGGGUUCAUAAUGGAAAAAAGCCUUUCACCUGCUCUCAGUGUGGAAAGAGUUUUACACAUAAACAAACAUUUAAUGUGCACAUGAGAAAUCAUAAUGGAGAAACGCCUUUUGGAUGCCUUCAGUGUGGAAAGAGUUACCUAUAUGAAACAUGUCUUAAGAGGCACAUUAAAACUCACUCUGAAGAGAGGCCUUUCGCCUGCUCUCAGUGUGGAAAAGGAUUCAUAGAGAAAGGAAGCCUUAAGAUUCACAUGACAAUCCACACUGGAGAGAAACCUUUCGAAUGCUCACAUUGUGGGAAGCGUUUUAGACGUAAAGGAGUGUUGAACGAGCACAUGAGAAUUCACACUGGAGAAAAGCCUUACACGUGCCACCAGUGCGGAAAGAGUUUCGCUCUUAAAGGAGGGUAUAAUUUGCACAUGAGAAUGCACACUGGAGAAAAGCCCUACUCUUGCCAUCUGUGUGGGAAGAGUUUCAUACUUAAAACAAUACUUAAUACGCACAUGACUGUUCACACUAAAGAGAAGCCUUUCGUGUGCGUUCAGUGUGGGAAGGGAUUCAGACAGAAAGUAAACCUUAAUUUGCACAUGAGAAUUCACACUGGAGAGAGGCCUUUCGUAUGCCAUCAUUGUGGGAAGACUUUCACAUGGGCAGGAAGUCUCAAAGAACAUGUGUCACGCUUUUGUAAGAGCAGGAUAUAACACUGAUCAGGAUGGUAUAAAUUUUACUUGGGCAGCAGCCCUUAAAACACACUUGAAAUUUCAUACAAAUGAAAAGACUAUUCUUUGGGGAAAGUGUUUAAAAGAAAAUGAGUGCUCAUGUCUGCUUGCAGUGUGGAAAGACUGGUGUGGAAAUACCAGUGAGUUGGGACAUCACUAAAUAUCCAUACAGGACAAAAACCUCACAAGUGCUCAUAUAGGGGAAGAUUUUAACACAUUAACACCGUGUCUACACCGGACGCGAGCGGCGCGACACAACGCGUCUAAGGACAAUAGAACCCAUUAUAAUCAGUGAUAUUGUCUACACUGGAUGCGGCGCAUUACAACAAAUUCCCGACAGUAAACCGAUUCCCCGUUAUAUUUCUGACAUAGUCCAAGUGCUUUGCAAUGGUCUGUUUGUCGCUUUCAGUGUAAACAGCUUUUAGCUGUUGAGGCGUGAUGCGAUGCGGCAACGGUCGCGUCUGGCGCAGACACGGUAUAAGGAUAACUGAAAAUGUGAACAUGAGUACUAAAGAGAAGCCAUACCGCUGUACUUCAGUUAGUUUGCAAUAUAAAUGUUGUCAUUGAUGUGAAAUUCAGAAAAACCCAAAGAUGCCAUUUGUUUUUAUAAAUAAAGAUCAAGAUGUAUACAAGGUG